AUGUUUUUCGCAUCCCUCCUCAGUCUCGUCGUUGCAUCGACCGCCCUGGCAUCCCCUCUCCAGGGUCGCCAGGCUAACAAUACCAACGUAGCCAUAAAUCAGGUCGUUGAUGCUCUCGAUGAAAGUACCCACAUCAACAUUCCCAACAUCAUCACCCUUCAAGCUUCGCACCAAGCUAACGAUACCACCGUUGGAGAACAGAUCAACGACCUUGUCACCGUCUUCCAGGUCGCAGCGGAGGACCUAAGCAACAUCCCCGUCAGCGCGGGCUCUACGACUGUAAUGCCUACGAACGAUGAUAUCAGUAUCACAUUCGCGACCAUUCUGUCACAAGUCGCUUCGGGCCUCUCUGGUUUGACAAAUGUGACAGUCCCCUCCAGGGUGUCGAUGUUCGCGGAACUCGAUCCCCAGGUCGCUGCUGCUACUUCGACAUUGAACACCACGCUUCCGAACUCAGUCGAACUUGUUCACAUCAUGAUGCUGGACGCGCGACAGUUUUUCAUCGCAGAAGGCUUCACUCAGACGAUAGCUGCUCUUGGGUUCUGA